AUGGUAACAAUAAGCUGGAUGCUGCUGUUGUGUGUGCUGGCAGAGGGGUAUGGGUCAGAGGUCGGAGUUCAGGAGGGGUGCGGCCGUUGGAUGGGAGGCGUUCCUGGGACUCCUGGUCUGGACGGGCAGGAUGGGAGAGAUGGGAGAGAGGGACGCCAGGGAGAGACAGGAGACACUGGACUUCCAGGUGUGCGAGGUGAGAGGGGAGAGGUGGGGGAAGUUGGGGGGGACGGAUUCCAGGGACGACGAGGUUUCCCAGGGGCCCCAGGGCUGCAGGGGCAGAGGGGCGAGAGUUCCUUCCUGUAUCGCUCUGCCUUCAGCGUGGGACUAACCACACCCACUACCACGACAGACACACCCCUUCACUUCACCAAGAUCUUCUACAACGAACAGCAUCACUAUGAUGACAUUUCAGGGAAGUUCCGCUGUUUUAUCCCCGGAGUGUACUACUUCACCUUCCACCUCACUGUACAGGGUCAGGGGUGCAAGGUGGGGCUGUACCGUAACGGCCGUGUCAUGUCACUGACUCUGGACCAGUUCCUGACCUCUGACCUGGACCAGUCCUCUGGAGGGGCGGUCCUAAACCUCUCAUCUGGAGACCAGGUAUGGCUGCAGGUGUAUGGUGCGGAACAGGAAGAAGUUGGAAUUUACGCUGACAUCAACAACGACUCCACCUUUACUGGCUUUCUGAUUCAGACACGCCUACCUAGCAGCCCAUUGGACAACCGCCGACGCUGA